UCCAGUACUUUAUAUUUCAUUUACCUCUUUCUCUUUUCCUUUGUUACUUUCAUCAACAUCCUUGUUUACAGCCAUUUAUUUAAUAUGUAUUUAAUUCGUUUACUCAUUUAAAUACAUCUCUUCGAACACACAACUUUAUCUUUCUCUUACUCUUCGCAACUACUGAAUUCUUUCUCCAGCCUGGUUCUCUUUCGUUCGAAUUUCUCUCUCUACACCUCUGACUCUCUUCUUCUUCUCAACUGAUCAUCUCUUGGCAUUCAUCAAUGCUUAGCAACGGAAAUAUUAAAGUAAUCAAACAGGUGGAAGAAAGAGAUCGCGAAGUAAAUGGAAGGCAUUGAAAGACAGUGAGGGAGAGAGAGAGAGAGAGAGAAGAAAAUUUCAAGCAGACAGUUGUAGAACUGGUGGUGUUUUAAAAGUACAGAAAUCACUAGCUUGUUUCAAUUUUACUCCGUUUACGGAUAACACCAACAAGUCAAAACUCGCAGUCAUAAGAUAAACGUCUUUUAUAUGUUGAAGAGUAUCGAAAGGAAAUAAGAAAAUAAAACUGGUAUUAUUGUAAUUUGUUUUGAUUCAAUCAGCUAAUUUCCAUUAUAUUGGAUGGCAACACAUUUAAAACUAUUGUAGUCUACACUUGUCCAUUUUCUAAAAUGGUGUAAAUAUUCUGGAAAAUACAAUAAAUAGGGCAGUUAAAAUUAAGUAAACCAAAGAACUUUCUCUGGCACCAUGGGCGAAUAUUACGAGUCAAAAAAGUGCAAGCUCUUGUGGCUGGCUUGGUCAUUUGGCAUUGUGGGUAUUGACAAUGGAAUUUUAGGACCAAGCCUGCUUGACCUUGGCUCCCUAAUCCAGGCAGAGUUGUACCAAAUGAAUUGGUUGUUUAUUAUUUCUGGGAUUGGAUUCAUUUUAGGAUGUCUUUUAGUUGGUUGGUUGUCAUCAAAGAUAAACAUGGAUCUAAUCCUGGCUGUAUCCAUGCUCCUUGGAUCAGCCACUUUUAUCUUCAUUCCACUCUCUCGUAAUUUACCCCUAAUGGCAACUUUAUUCUUUAUUCAAGGACUUACCAAAGGCUUGGUUGAUGUAGGUUGCCUGAUCACCUGCAACUGGCUGUUUCCAACCAAACAGAAUUGGGAGAUGCAACUCAUUACAGUUGUUGCUUCUUUUACUGCUUUUGUCAUUCCAUUCAUUGUCUUACCAUUCCAAAGCCAUAAACUUCACAUGUUCUCUGAAGACACCCAACUACGAAACAUGUCUUACAUCAAUCCACACCCACAUAACAACAUCACAAAAGAUGAUCCAACCAACAUACAAUAUGCUUAUUUAAUUGCUGCCAUCAUUACUUCUCCACCAAUAAUUGCUUUUUUUUAUUAUUACAUUCGUAGUGGAUGUCAUUCACAAUCAAACCAGAAUGACUACGAAGACAUGACAGGAAAGAUAUUGGGACAAAAAUACCCUUUGGUUAGAAAGACGAAAAUGUUGGUAUUACUUUUUUUGUUUCAUAUUCCAAUUUUUGGCAUUACAAUUGCUUAUAGCAAUCUCUUGACAGCUUAUGGACUUUCAACAAGCAGAAACUUCACAAAGGCUGACUUAGCAUUUAUGACAUCUGUAAUGUGGGGUUCGUUUUUAAUGGGCCGAAUUCUCACUACUGUCUUUUCAAAAAUCUUUGAUAUUGGAAUUCUCUUAACACUCAAUUUUGGUGGGUUGUUCGUGUUUGUAUCGCUGUUGGUCGUACAAAUUUACAUACCAAAUGAAGCUUUACUCUGGAUAGGUACAAGUGGGUUUGGUCUUUUCCAGUCUUCCUUUCUGCCAUCUGUCAUUUCAUGGGCUGGUGGCUUCCUGACAGUCGAUGCUGUUAUCCUAACAACUGCACUUGUAGCAAGUGGAAUUGGAGAAAUGACAAUUCCAUUCAUUGCUGGUAUAUUCUUCCAUUCGUUAGGGCCUUCCAGCCUCAUUUAUUUAAUGCUGGGGAAUUGUUGUUUAGAAUUUGCUAUGUUUACCAUGAUGGGAUUCUUAAAUAAUUAUUAUAGAAAAAAUUAUUUAAUUUGAAACCAAUUACAUUUUUUUCAUCUCCAAAUGUCCUGAAAUGGUUAUAUAUAUAUAUAUAUAUAUAUACAUAUACACACACAUAUAUAUAUCUAUAUAUAUGUAUAUAUUAAUGAAUGACGAAGGAAUGGGAGUUAUGUAAUCAUUUUCAUUAGCUUACCAAUGUUUCUACUACAAGUAGCAAUACACUUAGAACUGAGUGCUUGUGCAGCAUUUCAUAGCUUCCACAGAGCACUGCUUCUUAUAGCAGAAACAGCUAUAAGCUAAUGAAAAGAAUUACAUAACUCCUACUCUUUUGUCAUUCAUUAAGUAAUAUUACACUCUCUACUCAUUUUACCCUAACGUUUUACCCUAAAGCCUAAAUAUAUUGAGUUCUAACAACAGAUCACUAAUAUCAAUAUGCCUAGGUGGAAUCAUUCUAUAUAUAUAUGUAUAUAUAUGUAUAUAUAUAUGAAGAAAUUGUAUUUUAUUUGCAGUCUAGUCAUUGAUAGAGUUAUCGAUAAGAGUAUUUUGAGAGGGGCCACAAAUGGCUCCAAUUGGAACAGGUGUAGGGAACAAAACAGAACAACAACUGAAAAAAUGAAAGUACUUUGCAUAUUCAUUCAUUUAGAAAUUUCUUCAAUGUUAACCUUUUCGUUACCAUAUUUCUGUUGGAAUAUGCUGUAUUUAUUACAAUUCAUUUUGAAAAUAACGAAGAAUUUAAUGAAAAAACCUUGUCAUAAUCAUCAUCAUCAUCAUUGAUGAUGAUUGAUGAUGAUUAGCAAGCUGGUGCUUGGAAUAUAAAUUAACAUAAAAUUUGGGUGUAAGAUAUCCAUUUAGAUUACUUUAAAACAAAUGAGAAGAUUGCAUCAGACAAAGUAUCAAGAAUGGUUUCAGACAGGUUGGAAUCAAAAGGGUUAAAACCCUCAUGUGAUCCUUAAGUAUCUUUAGCAGAGUCUAUAUCAGUGUUUCUCGACCAUGGAUCCCUGGGCCCCAUGUGCCCCUCGACAGUCUUCCCUUGAUAAAUAUCAUAAUUUUUUCUUUGAGUUGUGUUUUACAUUUUUUGGUGUGGCCCCCUAAAAAAAUCCAGGUUUGGGAUCGGGCUUGAUAUUAAAAAGGCUGAGAAACACUGGUGUAUACUGUUAUAAGCAACAGAUUAAAUUUCUAGUUUGAAGACGCCUUCCCUCCUGCCGGACUCAGAGGCUCUGUGAGAAGGCUAUACGUACAGAUCUUCCCUUUCUAAGCAAUACAGGAAAAAAAAAAGCCUUUGGUUUAUAUAAUCUGUAUACAUAAUUUGAGAAAACUUGUUAUAAAUGAAAACAGAAAAAAAAAAAUACAGAAGGGAAAAAAUUCCUGGCUAUUUCAGUCAUUCACUGUUAUUGCCAUCAUCACCAUCAUGAUCAUCAUCAUUCUCAUAAUCAUUGUUAUCGUCGUUGUCGUCAUCGUUGUCAUCAUCAUCAUCAUCUUUAUUUUAACGUCCACUUUUCCAUGUUUGCAUGGGUCAGAUGGGAUUUAUCGAGGCAGAUUUUCAGUGCCCUCAUGCCCUUUUUGUCAGCAACCCUCACCUGUUUCCCAAGUAAGGUAACAUCACCCCCAGGGCCAAACGUGUUUUCCAUGUAAUAUUGCAAGCAAUGGACACUGCUUGUGUAACAGUAACACUUGUUUAUAAUUAUCACGCUAUGUCAAGACAAGGACACAAUAACACACACACACACACACACACUCACACAUACACACACACAGUGGGCUACUUUCAGUUUCCAUCUGCCAAAUCCACUCACAAGGCUUUUGUUGGCCUUGGGCUAUAGUAGAAGAUACUUAGCUAAGGUGCCACACAGUGGGACUGAACCUAAAACAAUGUGGUUGGGUGGGGCAGGUGUCCUAAUCCCAUGGUCAGGCCUGUAACUAUAUUCCUCUGUGGUGUUAAUUGAAGAUUACUCAACCUGGCCUGUUGAGGAACCAUAAAAUGCUUUUGGUAAUAUUUUACAAUCUUCUGGAUUCUAUUAACUCAUAUUCAAGCAGCUUCUGUGGGGCUGCUUGACAUGCUAGAAAUAGAAGCCAAAAUCUCUUUGAAAUCAACCUUUACUGUCUUAAAAAGGAAGAACACAUUGGAUUAUAUAGGUCUGAGAAUUAAAAAAAUAAAGGCAAAAACCUAGAUGGCCACAGAAUGCUUUUGGUUAUAAGUUUGCUUGCUCAGUACUGACCUGGAUUUAAAGAAAAGGCUCAGAAAUGAUAAUUCUCAAACAAUGUUGUUCAUUCCAAGUUGAUAUCACAUUCUAAUAUACAUUAUUUACAUUGGACGGAUAUGUGUCUUCAUCUUGUUACCACAAUGUUUCAGGUGAUUUACUCUCCAGCUUCAUCUCCUGGUAGAAUUUUGAACCCUACCUUGGGUUCUCAUUCCUAAGGUAUUUUUGCCGAUGUUAUUAUUAUUAUUAUUUAUUCAAGGCACUGCCUGGAAUUGAACUCGCAAUCUUGGGGUUAGUAGCCCGUGCUCGUAACCAUUAUGCUAUAUGCCUGUGGGCAAUUAUAGAGUGAAUUUUAGAGCUUAUAAAUCUAAUAUUUUCCUAUCCUUUCUUAAUACCGGUUCCCAUAUGCUAUUCAUAUCUGCACUCACUCUGCUUAAGAGGUUAUUGUGUCCUACCAUAUGUGCUGCCUCUUUUAGUCUUCGUAUUUUCCAGUGGUGUUCUCUGUCUAUUAUUUUAACUUCAUCCCAUAGGUGAAGGUGGUCUCUGCUUUUCCACACAUGGUCAGCUUUACCCAAUUUUUCAAUGUUGUGGUUACAACAAACAAGAUGAGGACACAUAUCCAUCCAAUGUAAAUAAUGUACAGAAUUCCUCAUCUCUAAAAUAUAGAACAACAUUUAAAUAUAUUAAGUUGUAUCAUAUUGUUGUAUAUUAAGUUUUAUCAUAUUCUAAUAUAUGAAAUUGUAUUAUAUUCUUAUUAAGUUGACAUAUAAUUACACAUUCAUUAUUAAAUUUUUCUUAUGUUUUGUUUUGUUUUUACUGCAAUAAAUUUGUUUAUUUCUCUCA